AUGAGGAGGACGACGAGUCUGCUAUUCUUUUGCGCUAUCAUCGGACAACAAUUCCGCAUUACUGUCAGUUACUUUUGGAAUGAGGAGGCGAUCACUAAACAGAGGUAUGAAUGGAUGUAGUGCAAGUUUAUGUACAAUUGAAGCUAGACGACUAAUCACCACAUUCCAGACCGUUCGAACCGUCGCCGUCGCCCUCAAACGGCGGCAACACUCCGUCGAACCUCGGCUGUUUCAUGUGCACCCAAUUGCUCUCGGUCACCAAGCACCGAGUGGGUCUCUCGGAAAACCAGUUGCGGAACCAGUUGUACGAGAAGUGCCGCGUGCUGCCCUCCGUUUUCAAGGUGCCUUCUCGCCCCGCGAACCAAUGAAUUCCGAGGUCUCGAUGUUAGGAAAAUUUGCAGGAUCAGUGCUUCGCGUUCGUCGAAACCUCGUUGCCGGAGAUCUACUACUCGAUCAACUACGACCUCUCCUCCAAAGACGUCUGCGUGCGCAUGAACUUUUGCGACGCUUCCAAUCCGUUCGCAGUGAGUUUACGAUUUGAAUGAAGGGAACGAAAGAAAAGAGAUGUUCAGGUCGGAGGACCUCUUCCGCCGAUUGAAGGAACCACUGAUUUGCCGGAUGUCGAGGAAGAAGAGGAAGAGGAGAUUCCAACGACGACGACAACCAGAAGACGUACAACCACAACGACGACAACCAGCACAACUACAACCACUCCUCCUCCACCGCCACCGACUCCAGAAACAGAAGAUCCACGGAAGGAGGAGCAUGCAGACCGCAUCGGGCACAAGAAUGUACUAGAGGUGAUAGGAUCAGAGAGAUACUCUCACCGCUCAUUGUUUUCAGAUAAUUCUGCCGCCGGCCCUCCGUCCCAAGUACGUUUCUCGCAACACGAUCGUCGAGACGUCGCGCGAAAAGGUUGCGGAGAAGGAGGAAGUGGUACAGGAGUUCCGAAUUCUUGAGCCUUUUUGAUUAUUUCAGGACGAGAAGCGUUUGACGUGCGCUUUCUGUGAACGAAUGCUCGAGAACGCGAAGAACUACGCAGUCACCUCCAAGGUUUCCGAUCGGUUCCUUUGAUUCUCAAUAGAACGCAUUCGGAUUGCAGACCGACAUCACCUCGUUCGCCAACACCGCAUGCGCUUCGCUCGCCAAAGGUCGAAAUUCGGAUCAGUGCUACCAGAUGGCCGACAAGAAGAUUGCCGAACUGGCAAAGUUUGUGGAUCAGCAAGUGGUCGACGCGUUGUGGUGCGCCGAGCUGAAUCGGUGUUAA